AUGUUACGUCUGUCGCUUCCAAGACAGAUGGUGGCGCCUGGUCACAUGGCCACAUAUAGACCCCCCUUCGUUGCUGGAAUCAGAUGUUUUGCCGUCUCUGGCGCUGCUCACAAUCAAAACCAGGGGAAGUCGCCUCUCGAAGUGUUCUUCAACACGUUCAAGGCAGAAAUUAAAAAGUCCAACGAGCUCAAGGAGAACAUUAAGGCCCUUCAGGAUGAAACGGGCCGUGUAGCCGAGUCUGAGGCUUUCAAGAAGGCAAAAGAGGCAUACGACAGAGCACAGAAGGGUUCAUCGGCAGCAGGUAAAAUGGCUAAGAAAACUGCCGAAGCUGUCGGUGGGGCUGCUUACAAAGCGUGGGAGUCCCCGGUUGGUAAAGGUGUGAGACUUACGGUGAAGACUGGUGCAGAUGUUGCUGACAAAGCCUUUGAGCCUGUGAGAAACACUCAGGUGUACAAGGACAUGAGCAAUGUGAUUGACGACGGGUCUCUGAACAUGUACGGAGGUUUUCUUACCAAGGAACAGAGAGAAAGGUUGAGAAAGAAGGAACUACAAGAGAGAAUGCUUAAGGGCAAGGUGUGGAAACCGGUGAAGGAGAACGAGAACACCAACGGUGCGCUUGUUGCUACAGAGCAUAAAGCUAGAGGUCCCAGUGCGUCUGAGAGAUGGGAACAAUUCAAGCUCAAAAACCCCAUUGGUAGAGGAAUUGUGUACUUAAAGGAGAAAUGGGAAGACAGUGAAAACGGGUUGAUUGCCCUUAUUCGUACCGUCAUCGAGAAGGUCACUGGGUUUUUCUCAGAGACAGAGCAGGCUAAAGUGGUGAAACAGUUCAGAAUGAUGGACCCAAACUUCAGAGUCACGGACUUCACCAAGACAUUGACCAACUACAUCGUUCCUGAGUUGUUGGAUGCGUACAUCAAGAACGACGCCGAUGUGUUGAAGCGUUGGCUCAGCGAGGCUCCCUUCAACGUGUGGCAGGCGAACAACAAGCAGUUCAUUCAGCAAGGGUUAUUUUCAGAUGGUAAAAUCUUGGAUAUUCGUGGCGUCGACAUUGUUACUUGCAAGAAUCUCCAGCCCAACGAUACACCCGUGAUUGUGUUGAGCUGUCGUGCCCAGGAAGUACACUUGUACAGAAAGGCUAAAACCGGUGAGGUGGCUGCUGGUACGCCUGACCACAUUCAGAUGAGCACGUACGCCAUGGUUUUUACUAGAGUUCCUGAGGAGAUGGACAACGAGGAAACUGAAGGAUGGAAGGUGAUUGAAUUUGCCCGUGGCGGAUCCCGCCCAUUCCACUGA